CUCUUUUCUUUUCUCUCUCCUCUAGCCAUCCAAGAUGCUGAAAGGAAAGAAGACCAAGGGGAAGAAGGUGGCCCUGGCCUCUGCUGUUGUGAAGAAGCAAGAGGCCAAGAAGCUGGUCACUCCCCUGUUUGAGAGAAGGCCCAAGAAUUUUGGCAUCAGACAGGACAUCCAGCCCAAAAGCCUCACCAGCUCUGUCAAAUGCCACGAGCUGCAGUGGCAAAGGACUAUUCUCUAUAAAUGCCGAAAAGUGCCUUCCGUAAUUAACCAGUUCACCCAGGCUUUGGACCACCAAACAGCUACUCAACUGCUUAAGCUGGCCCACAGAUACAGACCAGAGAGAAAGCGAGAGAAGCAGAGAUUGUUGGCCCAGGCUGCGAUGAAAGCUGCCAGCAAAGGGGAUGUCCCCACUAAAAGGCUGCCUGUCCUUCAAGCUGGAGUUAAUACUGUCACCACCUUGGUGGAAAAUACGAAGGCUCAGCUGGUAAUGAUUGUAUAUGAUGUGGAUCCCAUUGAACUGGUUGUCUUCCUGCCUGCCCUGUGUUGUAAGAUGGAGGUUCCCUUGGGGCAGCUGGGUGGCUCAGCCAGGCUGGGGCAUCUGGUCCACAGGAAGCCCUGCACCGUUGUCACACAGAUUAACUUGGAAGACAAAGGAAUUCUGGCUAAACUGGUGGAAGCCAUCAGAACCAAUUACAGUGACAAAUGUGAUGAGAUCUACCACACCAGCCACCAGAGAGACAACGUCCUGGGUCCUAAGUCAGUGGCUUGUAUUGCCAAGCUGGAAAAGAUGGAGAUGGCAUUUCAACUCACCGCCGCCCCCCAGCCACCUGGGGACUGUGUGGCACCUGGGGACUGUGUGGCACCUAGGGGCAGUGCGGCACCUGGGGACUGUGUGGAGUCACAGAGGCAGUCAGCACCUGAUGAGUCCAGCUCAGACAAAGCACUCCCGUCCCUCUGGCUGUGGCGUCUGGUUCAGGGAUGGGCUCCCACAGAGUAUGGCUCCCACUGA